CAAGUAACCAACCCCCCUCAACACACGCCUCCUCACAUAUAUAUACACACACACACACAUACACCUAUAACCUCACUCACCAAAUACUCUCUAUUCUCCAACUAAGAUUUUACAACACAAUAUCUCUCUCUCUCUCUCUACUUUCUCUUUCACACAAAAAUAAUGGCCUUAGAAGCUCUCAACUCCCCCACAACCACAACACCAUUCCCUUUCGACCACCACCAAGAAGCUGAGAGCCUCCACAGCUUCCACGAGCCAUGGAUCAAGCGCAAGCGCUCCCGCCGCCCCCCGCCCCGCCUCGACCAAGACCCGCCGCCUUCCGAGGAAGAAUACCUCGCUCUCUGCCUCAUCAUGCUCGCUCGCGGCACCACCGGCACUACCGACACCACCAAUACAACAUCCUCUUCCUCCUCCGGCCGCCUCACGCCUCCGCCUCCCCCGCCGGCCCUGAAGCUCUCCUACAAGUGCAGCGUCUGCAACAAGGCCUUCCCCUCCUACCAAGCCCUCGGCGGCCACAAGGCCAGCCACCGCAAAUCCUCCUCCGAGGGCCCCACCUCCGCCGCCCGUGGAACCGACAACCACCCCUCGACCUCCGCCGCCUCUUCCGCCAGCGCCGGAGGAGUUAGGACCCACGAAUGCUCCAUCUGCCACAAGACCUUCCCUACCGGCCAGGCCCUCGGCGGCCACAAGCGCUGCCACUACGACGGCGGAAACAACGGUGCCGAACGCGUGACGUCAUCUGAGGGUGGCGCUUCUAGCCAUAGCCAAAGCCAGAGUCAACGAGGAUUCGAUCUGAACCUUCCUGCUCUGCCGGAGUUCUGGCCUGGAUUUGAUCGGGUCAGCGACAAGAAAAGUCAACUCUUCGGUGAGCAGGAGGUGGAGAGCCCCUUGCCGGCGAAGAAGCCUAGGUUGUCCAUUCACAAAGACAACGUGGCUGCUUUAGUACAAGAUUGAAUUAUUGUUUUUUAAUUUAUCACAUGAUUAUGAUUAUGAUUUUUUUUGUACUCUUUUCUUUAUGAUAUGAUGAUUGUUUUUGUACAGAGAAAAUUUGUUCAUUGUUUGAGAACUAUGGAUCUAUUUAUUUUAUUAA